AUGGCAACAAGCACCACUGCAUGCGAGGAAGUUCUUCCAUCAAAGACAUCAAACAGCACAGCAUGUGAGGAAGUACCAAGCAGCCAUUUAAAAUCAAUUUCUAUCGACCAAAAAGAGAAACAUUCAAAAAUUUCUGAUAUAAAAGAAUACUGUGAUUGUUCCAAUCAUAUUUGCGAGUAUUCAUCAUUCUGUAUAAAUCACGACUGUCCACUUUGCAAACAAUGUAUAAAGAAACAUAAUGGGUGCUGUGAUAUUGUCCCUUUAGAAGAUGCUAUUUCAAACGUUAAAGGAUCCGAUGGAUUGCAGGUCAUUAUACAAUCACUGCAAGAGUUGGAAGAAAAUUUAAAGGCGAUAAAGAGUGAAAAAGAAAAGAACAUUUUAGAUAUAGCAGAACAGAGACGAAAUUUUGCAGAAGAUAUUAUUGCUAUACGAAGAAAGAUUGUUGGUCAUCUAGAUGACAUAGAAAAACAAAUGCUAGAUGAACUAAAAGAAGCUGAAAGUAACGAAACUAAAAGACUUAAUCAACUUGUACAACAAAUUGGUCAAAAUAUGGUAGACGUAAAUGAAAUGUAUACUGCUCUUGUUUAUAUGAAAAAGAAUGCCUCAGAAUUGCAGACUUUUAUGAAAAUGAAAAAUGCACAAACUCAACUGGCUCAACAUGAAGAAUUUCUUCAGUCUUUUAUUGAUAUCAACUUAAAAAAAACGUAUAUUGAAUGUAUUAUUCAUCCAGAGUUUCUAAAUAUUAAAAGUUUAGGCUCGGUAACGAUGCUUUCGAGGUCAAGUAAUGUGAAAAUCGAUAGAAAGCAACAAAAACAAGCACAAGUGAUGAUUUCACCAAAUUUAUUAUCAAUAAGAAAUAUACAACCAGAGUAUGUUACCGCUUUAAAUAUUACCGGCAUGCUUUCAAGUAUUUCUGGCGUGUGUGUAACUGUUCAAGAUGAAUACAUCUUCACUUGCCAGGAGACAAGUGAAAUUAUGUUACUUACAAGUAAUGGGUCACAGAAAUUUAUAAUUUCACUGAAAUCGUUCGGUGUUUUCGAUAUAGUGCUUCUUAGUGAUACAACUGUUGCUAUUACGUCAGGAAAUAAAAAGAAACAUGGUAUAAGCAUCGUAGAUAUCAGUUUAGGAAAAUUUAUCAAGUUUAUUAAACUUUCAGGACAAUCAUACGGAAUAACAUCUAAUGAAGAACUUUUGUUUGUUGCCAUCAAAGGAAAGGGUAUUCAGAUGUUGAAUAAAGUUACACUUAAGCCAUUAGACAUCAUCCGUUGUGAAAUUAGUGAGGGGGCAUUUAUAGAUGAAUACAAUGGUAACAUAUACAUCACAAACUCCUCAAACAAUAGAGUAUUGUGUUGCGAUAUGAACGGUGUUAUUAAAUGGGAAUUCAAAAAUGAAGAUAUUUUGAAAGAACCGUACGGGAUCGGGGUUGAUGGAAGGGGAAAUGUAUAUGUUGCAGGUGGUCGUACCUUAAACGUGCUUGUAUUAUCAUCAGAUGGCGCACAACACAGACAAAUAAUUACAGAAAAAAAACUUCGGAUGACAUUACCUAGAGCACUUUCGUUCGACAGAACAAGAAAACGACUUAAUUUUGCAAACGAAAAAGGUUUAUUAGUUAAUUCUCUGAUCAUUAUGCCUGAAGAAAAUGCAACAGCAAAAGAAUUCAUAGCAACUCAUUGA